CACCAUCAUACGGGUAGGUAUACGGUACCAUACAGUACUUUUACGUUUUGCCGGUGCCGCGGUAGGACGCCUGCGGGCGGGGGAGGAGGAGCGCUGCGGUGCUUCCCAGCUCUAACAAUACGUUCCCGUGGCGCGUGCGCCGAAGCGCCGCCAGAGCCCCGCUGAGGGCGUCGAGCCUGCUCAGUGCGCCUAGCACUUAAUUAACCAACCAGGGCGACAAACCGCGGCUUGCGUGCCGCACAAGCCCCGGGAAAGGGCGCAACAACAAGGAACCAGCGCGAGAGCGCGAGAAGCACAGUGUUUUUCAACACUAACCUCACGACCACGAAGCCGCCGUUAACACUCUGACACGACCUCAGGCGAAAGAAAGCAAAGAUGCCCCACCUCUUCGACCCCAGCAAAAUCGUAGACGGCAAGAGCCACACGAAGCGCCACCUGGAGAAGGUGCGGACCUGGGUCGCGAAACGGAUGCCUCAGACGGGCAAGGCCCCGAAAAUCUCCUGCAAGGAGGUCUUGUGCGGCGACCCGACCUGCGCCCCCGUCGACACGGUCAUCGAUCUGUUGUUCGAGGACCAGUCGAGGAUGGUCGCCUUGCCCUACGAGGCGCAGGACGUCACCGAGGAAAUUUUAGAUCACUUGUUUCCACCACACGAGGUGCUGACGGCGUGGAUGGCUGGAGAGGAUGCACCUUGGCCGCCGCCACCAAAUGAUGAGUUGCGGUUUGAGGUGGGCAGUCGCGUCGAGUGCUGCGUCGGCGCGGACCACUGGGAGCCUGGUACCGUGGUAGCUCUAUGGUACACCGAGGAGGGCUUCCCGCCGGGCUUCUACGCCCCCUACCAGGUCGAGCUGGACAUGGGCAAUUUAAUAUUCGCGCCGGACGACAGCGACCGGUGCAUUAGGGAAGCGCUCUCGCUGGAGACGCUGAACGUGUCGGACGGGGCGUGAGCCGUCCUGCUUUUAAAUAUAGGAUAUUGUA